AUGUCACUCGCUCACACAGCUGCAGAGUACAUGCUGUCAGAUGCCAUGCUGCCCGACCGCAGGGGACCCCGCCUCAAAGGACUGCGCCUGGAACUUCCCCUGGACCGCCUGGUCAAGUUCAUAGCUGUGGGCUUCCCCUUGCUGCUGAUGUCCCUAGCAUUCGCCCAGGAGUUCUCUUCCGGGCCCCCCAUCUGCUGCUUCUCUCCCAGUAACUUCAGCAUCCGGCAGGCCGCCUAUGUGGACGGUUCCUGCUGGGACUCACUCGUUCACCACGAACAGGAUGAGCUUGGCCAGUACAAGAUGAAAUCCCUGUGGCCUCACAAGGCCCUGCCCUACUCCCUGCUGGCCUUGGCUGUGGCCAUGUACCUGCCUGUUCUGCUGUGGCAGUACGCAGCCGCACCGGCCCUCAGCUCGGAUCUGCUCUUCAUCAUCAGCGAGCUGGACAAAUCCUACAAUCGCUCCAUCCGCCUGGUGCAGCACAUGUUGAAGAUCCGGCAGAAGAGCUCAGACCCCCAUGUUUUCUGGGAUGAGCUGGAGAAGGCUCGGAAAGAACGAUACUUUGAAUUCCCCUUGCUAGAGCGGUACCUGGCAUGUAAGCAGCGCUCACACUCCCUGGUGGCUACCUACCUCCUGAGGAACUCCCUCUUGCUCCUCUUCACCUCAGCCAUCUACCUGUACCUGGGCCACUUCCACCUGGAUGUCUUCUUCCAAGAGGAGUUCAGCUGUUCUGUCAAGACAGGCCUGCUAAGUGAUGAGACCCACGUUCCCCCUCUGAUCACAUGCAGGCUGACCUCUCUGUCCAUUUUGCAAAUUGUUAGCCUCUCCAGCUUAACAAUAUACACCCUGCUGGUUCCAGUGAUAAUAUACAACCUCACACGACUUUGUCGGUGGGACAAGCGACUCCUAUCCGUCUAUGAGAUGCUGCCAGCUUUCGAUCUCCUCAGCAGAAAGAUGCUGGGAUGCCCCAUCAAUGAUCUCAAUGUGAUCCUUCUUUUCCUCCGCGCUAACAUCUCUGAACUCAUCUCUUUCAGCUGGUUGAGUGUCUUAUGUGUUUUGAAGGACACGACCACCCAGAAGCACAACAUUGACACAGUGGUCGAUUUCAUGACAUUAUUGGCUGGCUUAGAACCCACAAAACCUAAACAUCUCACCCACCGGGUAUGUGAUGAAAACCCAUAG